AUGGCGUCUCCACAGCAACUCCGAACAACGGUCACCGACCUCCUCAAAAUCAACCACCCUGUCAUGCUUGCCGGCAUGAACGUAGCCGCAGGUCCAAAACUCGCAGCUGCAGUCACCAACGCUGGCGGUCUCGGCGUCAUUGGAGGCCUCGGCUACACGCCAGAUAUGCUGCGGGAGCAGAUUGCCGAGCUGAAGGGUUUCUUGAAAGACAAGAAUGCACCAUUUGGUGUGGACCUUUUGAUCCCGCAGGUUGGUGGUAGUGCCAGGAAGACCAAUUACGACUACACCAAAGGGAAACUGGAAGAAUUAGUAACCAUCAUAAUCGAUUCCGGCGCUAAACUCUUCGUCUCCGCCGUCGGCGUGCCCCCAGUCCACGUUGUCCAACGCCUGCAUAAAGCCGGAAUUCUCUACAUGAACAUGAUCGGGCACCCAAAGCACGUGCGGAAAUGCCUCGAUGUAGGCGUCGAUAUGAUCUGCGCCCAGGGCGGUGAGGGAGGCGGACACACGGGUGACGUGCCUACUUCGAUUUUGAUCCCGACGGUGGCGCAGAUGGUGAAAGGGAAGAAGAGCCCGAUGACGGGGGAUCAGGUGCAGGUUGUCGCGGCCGGAGGCCUCUUUAACGGACAGAGUCUCGCAGCGGCACUGAUGUUAGGGGCGAGUGCUGUCUGGAUCGGCACCAGGUUUGUUCUGUCGGAAGAAGCCGGUGCGCCCAAGGCACAUCAAGAAGCUGUUCAGACAUCCGGCUUUGACGACAAUGUGAGGACCAUCAUCUUCACCGGUCGACCCCUGCGCGUCCGCAUGAACCCCUACAUCCAGAACUGGGAGGAGAACCGCGCCUCCGAGAUCAAGGAACUUACGUCCAAGGGCACCAUUCCCGUGGAGCAUGAUUUCGAAACCCUCGGGGAUGACAUCGACGACGAUACGAUGGAUAAUGCUCGGCCGUUCUUGAUGGGCAAGGCGGCCGCUGUGGUCAAUGAAAAGAAGAGCGCAAAGGCUAUUGUGGAUGAGAUGGUUACGGACGCGGUGGGAUGGUUGGGGAAGGGUGGGUCGAUGGUAGUCGGUGGACUGAAUGGGAAGAGCAAGUUGUAG